UUCAAUAUGGCUGACUGUGGUGAUCUUGUUCGUAUUAUUUUAAUCGUCCUCAAUACCAUCUUCUUUCUAUGCGGUGGUGCAAUGAUCGGUUUAGCGAUCUAUGUUUUGGUUGUUUCCGGCACAACUAUUACAACCGCUUUGGGAAGUUCUGGAUUAAUUCUUCCAGGUGUGAUUUUACUGAUGGUAGCUGGUAUUGUAACCUUCAUCUGCAGCGGAUUUGGAUGCUGCGGUGCUAACAAGAGAAAGAGAUGGUGUUUAACAAGUUACCUCAUCAUCCUAUUCGUUAUCAUCGUAUUAGAAAUUGCUGGCGGAGUUUAUGCUUAUGUCAAUCGUGAUUUGAUUACCACAAAUCUAACAUCUAGGCUUAAUUCUGAUUUGGCAACCUACUACAACACACCAACUACUCAAACAGCCUUUAAUACCAUUCAAUCUGGGCUGUCCUGUUGUGCUGUCCACAAUUAUACAGAGUGGAGGGGUACAUCAUGGUAUGGCAACGUUUCCGCAGUGUCGACGGUUACCUACCCUGUCCCUGAUUCUUGCUGUCGUUCCAAUGUUUCGGACACUGCCAGCUGUGGUUAUACUUAUUCCACCACCAAUAACAUCUAUACAACAGGUUGCCUUGCCAAAUUGCAAACUCUUGCAUCCGAUAAUGCAAGCAUUCUUCUAGGCAUUGGUAUUGGUGUUGGUGUCGUGCAGAUCCUUGGUUUUAUCUUCGGGGUAAUCUUAUGCAAUAGCAUAAAAAAUGAUUGAUCCAGUAUUGAAAUCAUAAUUAAACAUAAGUAGAAUUAUAAUUUUGUGUACGCCCCUUGCUACCUUUAGCUUUUAUUUAACUAAUUCAUGCUUUAACCUGUUCAUCGUAAUCAAAAUUAUUGUACCCUUAUCAAUCCGAAAAGUAAUACUGUACAUGUUAUUGUUGAGAAGUUUACAGUAUAAAAAUUGACUGUAGGAAUUUUCCUGUAUUAAGUAUGACAAAUUGUAGCUUUCAUAACAUGUACAGUAUAUCUAUAUUCAUCUUGUUAUGUGCAAUUCAAUCAAUGUGUAACUACAAUUGACUUGUAGUACUAAUAUUGUUUUAAUCAUUAAGACGUUUUUAAACAAUCAAACAUCAUUACAUGUUUGUAUCUUAAUUUGAGUGGUAGGCAUUUUCUGUAAUCUAUCAUAGCAGUGCUUUAUUACCUCUACUGUGCUAGUAUUGUUAUUAGUUAAAAAUAAAUAAAAGGUAAUCUGGAUGAAUUU